AAUGAAUAAUGGCCAAUUGUAAACAGUACCGAACUGCACGCGCCCCGAUGCGCACAGUUUUGAAUCAAACAUCGUCGUCAGCACCUGAGUUAACGCGCAUUACGCAUGUCCGCGGUCAGAGGUGUCGGUUGAACGUGUCGGUCGAUAUAUUCCGCGUCUGUUACGAGCAUCUCGUUAGUCACUCGCAUUAAUCUAACGUCGCGAUAAAACUUGAUACGGCAGAAUGCUACGUGUGAACAUCGAUCAGCCUCGCAGAUAACAAGAUGUCUCGUUUAUCGCACCAAAUAUGUUUCUAUUGCAUAGUGUUGAUUGCAUAUCCCCUUGUCACCGCAGAGAAUGCCUCGCGGCAAUUGUGUGGCGAACAGUUGAAGAAUGAAAGUUUGCUGUUUGUUACUACAUUGGAUGGGCAGGUAUCAGCAGUGGAUGUUAACAAUGGCAAGAUACAGUGGACUUUAAAUUUUAACAAUGGACCGAUGUUGUCAUCCAAUAUUCAUAACAUACAAGUUAAUAAUAAUGGACAAUUGAUACGUUUGAUUCCAUCCUUGAAUGGUGGUUUAUACACAUUUGAUGGGGAGAAAUUGGAAGUGGUGCCGAUAACGGCAGAUCAGUUAUUGCAUUCAUCAUUGCGCAUCUCUGCUUCUGAUUUAAUCUUUUCCGGUGGUAAAGAGGCACAUACUUACGGUGUGGCAGCCAAUACAGGAAAAAUUUUGUUCGAAUGUUCCGGUUUUUCUGGAUGCGACAACAGUACAAAUCAUCAAGAGUAUGUGGAGCAAGAUAUACUUAUUAUUCAACGUUUUCAACAAACUGUGCGAGCUGUGGAGGUUCGCAAAGGUAGCGAGAGAUGGAACUUCAGCGUUGGAAAUUUUGAUUUAAAACUAAUAUCUACAAAUGGUUUUUGUUCCAAUAAACACUCUGCUACAGAUAUGGAAAUCAAAGUGGUUAUUCCGGAAGGUUUGAUUUGGACUGUCAAUAAAAGUAAUCCUACUGUUAAAUUAUGGCAACACAAGUUUGAUUCUCCAAUUGUUGCAAUAUGGCGCGUGGACACAUCCGAUGUUUCUCCAGGAUCUUUGAAACAAAUUGACUUAUUUGAUAACUCGCAGUUGGUUUGGGGAUCGGAAUAUUCUACAAUUAGUCCAGGUUUAUACUUAGGUAUAUACGAUAGACAAUUAUAUAUACAAGAAAAUCAUAAUUACAAAAAUUUAAAUGGUAUUCAACAUAGAAAAUAUCCAUGGCAGCCACAUCCAGCAGCUAUAUCUGCUGUUGCUUUGUCAGACAAAGAUAACGACAAUGAUGAAGUUUCCGUUAUUGAACCAGAUAAAACACGGUCUGCAAUAUUGUCGGGUGUAUUACAUAAUUCAGACUAUAUUAAUGGUAAUGGAUUUUACUUUUAUUCAGCAGAUCAAUUAACUAACGAUAAGCAAUGUAAUAAUAGCAAUCCUGGUAUUCUACUAAUCACUAGCACAGAAAAAUCCAUAAAUCAUACUGAAAAGGAAUAUGGUGAAAUUUUAUAUGAUACAUUAUUUUGGUACUGGAAAGAAAUUUUAUUUACAAUUGUCGUAUUGUUCAUGCUAAAUUUAUUGUUGGCACAAUAUUUAUUAAUAGCAAGAACACCUACUACAGAUGCCAUGCUUCCUCCUGUGAUAAUUGAAAGAUAUGUAGAAACCAAGACUAGUAAUACAACUAAUGAUUGUCAGAAUGUGAAUAAUUUCAAGUCACAUUACUUAACGGACUUUGAGCCAGUCAAUUGCUUGGGAAAAGGAGGAUACGGUGUGGUCUUUGAAGCCAGAAACAAAAUCGAUGAUUGUAAUUAUGCUAUUAAGAGAAUUGCUUUGUCAAAUAGCCAAGAUUCAAGAGAUCGUGUUUUGAGAGAAGUAAAAGCAUUAGCUAAAUUGGAUCAUCACAAUAUUGUGAGAUACUUUCACGCUUGGCUAGAGUGUCCUCCUAAUGGGUGGCAAGAAGAACACGAUCAACAAUGGAUUGAUAAGCUAAGAUGUUCAACUGACUAUCUUUCAGAAACAACUCAGACUGAGACAAAGCCUAAUCAUUCUGUGUGCAUUGAUCUUUUACAAAUCGAUCAAUCUUCUGUAGAAAGUGCCUGUAAAGGUUUAGAAUUCAAUAACAUGGAAGCGAACGAUGAUUUAUUAAUUGAAUUUAAAGAAUCAAACGAGAAUCAGUAUGGCAAUGAUUCCAUUUGUAUUAAUAAUUGCAAUACCGAUAGCUCGGACUUGUCCUCUUCGAACAGUAAAACUGAAAACAACUUGUCUAAUGUUAAUGAAAUCGAUUAUUCCAAGAACAUCGUGUUUGAAAAAACUGACAAUAAUAUUGCAACAGAAGAAAAGAAAAGGAAACGCCAAAAAUCGCUUUCCUUAGACUUAAAGAAUAAGACGCCGAACACGCAGAAGCCGGUGAAAAUGUUCCUAUACAUACAGAUGCAGCUGUGCCAAAGACUCAGUCUAAAAGAAUGGCUGAAGCAGCACACGUCAAGAAAUUUUUCUCAGAUACUAAAUAUUUUCCAACAAAUAGUAGAUGCUGUGGAGUAUGUGCAUUUGCAAGGAUUAAUUCAUCGAGAUUUAAAACCAUCGAAUAUAUUUUUCGCUUACGACGAUAAGAUAAAGAUCGGCGAUUUUGGCCUUGUGACAGCGAUGACUGAGGGGUACGAUAGGGCUCACACGCCUUCGACUGAGAACGAGACUAUUUCCUUAAGAAACAAUAUACAUACUGCGUGCGUUGGCACACACUUAUAUAUGUCACCUGAACAAAUAAAUGCCCAAAUGUACAACUACAAAGUGGAUAUUUACUCUUUGGGAAUAAUCUUAUUUGAGCUUCUUACACCAUUUACUACUGACAUGGAGAGAGUAGUAGUGUUAUCGGAUCUAAAAAGGUCCAUUUUCCCGAAAGAUUUUGCAGAGAACCAUCCUGCCGAGUACGAUUUGCUUAAAAUGAUGUUGGACGAGAAUCCCGCUCAGCGACCUACAACUAUAGGUGUCAAAGCAAAACCUCCUUUACAAAAUUAUGAAAAAGUCAGUUUUCAUGUAAAUACAGAUUUAUGGCAUUUUGAAUUGCCGCAACUGAGUAGACAUUCCUCUGUGACUAGCAGUAGCAGUAGUAAUGAGUUGCCGGAGAAAUAAAUCAAGUAUACAAGUUAUAAAUA